UUAAAUUAUGGAGCUAUCAAAAUUGUAUGUGAAUAUUAUAAUGUAAAACUUAUUUUAUUAAUACAAAAAGAAAUGUGAAAUUAACAGUAAAAGUUUCCUGCACAUCGUGGGCCGUUUAAUUUACGUAGCAAGCUCCACCAUGGAUCCAGAAGACGAAAUCAAGCUACAAAAAAAGGUACCAGAUGAUUUACCUAAAAUACAUACAAAAUGCAACAGCAACCGUCCACACACCAGUCCACAUGUAUCACCAGAAAUUUCAAGUCCGUCUACAUCAAAAGAAAAUCCAGAUAUGAGAAACAAUGACGACGAUUCAUCUAAUGGCAAAGAUACAGAAAAGGAAGGAUCCCUAUCCGACUGGGUGUCGGGCGGUCCCGUGGGAUCCAAAGCGGCCGUACUGGUCUUCCGAUCGUGUGUCCUCGCUUCCAGAACACCCUCAAUGGAAUCCACAACAAAAACAGUCGGCAACAAUACAGGCACAACGAUACUCCUCAACAAAGCAAAGAAUAUGGCGAAAAGACUCGUGGCCGAACCCCAUUCGUUCAGUGUCCGACCAAAAACAAUAAUGCACGAUGUGAUGGAGACAUUUGGUAAUAACACAAAGUAUAUGGGUCAGGCGUAUGUGGUGAAACACAUUAGUGAAGCUGAAAUACCACUAACAGAGUCUAUAGAGGAGCAAGGGCAUGAAGCAGUCGAACAUAAAAGAGAUAUAGAUGAUGUACUUAAUGAUCUCAGUAAGAUAACACUGAAGAAACAUUUAAAUAUAGAAAACACGACAGCUAAUAUCAAACCACCAGAAGAACCUCCACCUGUAACCAAAGAUGCCAAAGACGAAAAGAAGGGAAAGAAAAACAAAGGCAAAGGAAAAAAGAAAAAUAUACAACGGACUGUCUCACCGAGUAUUGAUAGUGACGACUCUGAACAAUUGCUAGUCAAAGAAGUAGAUAGUAUUAAAGUAUUAGAAAGUAGUCAUAUGCCGGCCAGAAUUCUUAAGAUCACCUACAAAUUAGUUAAUACUGAGACGAAACUACUGCACCGGCUACUCCAAGCUCAUGGUCUUCAAGAAGCCUGUGCUGACGCCAAAGAGUUUAAUCUGCUUUGGGCAGGUCUGCAUCCUAAACCUGAUGUGCUAAGGUCACUAUCAGCGUAUCAGAGAGUCAACCAUUUUCCUAGGUCGUACGAACUAACGCGCAAAGACAAAUUGUUUAAAAACAUAGAGAAAAUGCAAUACUUCCGAGGCUUAAAACACUUUGAUUUCAUCCCCACAACAUUCCUGAUGCCGGCGGAAUAUAAAGAACUGUGUACCACACAUUAUAGGACCAAGGGUCCGUGGAUUGUCAAACCUGCAGCCUCCAGUAGGGGAAGAGGAAUUUAUAUAGUUAAUACGCCAGAACAAAUACCAAAAGGCGAGAACGUAGUCGUGGCAAAGUACGUGGACAAACCGCUUCUGAUUGGCGGACACAAAUGUGACCUACGUCUGUAUGUGUGCGUUACGUCCAUAGACCCAUUGUUAAUAUAUCUGUAUGAGGAAGGCUUGGUGCGAUUCGCUACUGUGAAAUACGAUAAGACGAAUAAGAAUCUGUGGAAUCCAUGCAUGCAUUUGUGCAACUAUAGUAUCAAUAAAUAUCAUACGGAUUAUAUCAAAUGUGACGAUCCAAAUGCUGGUAAUAUUGGCCACAAAUGGACGCUUUCUGCCCUUUUGCGCCAUUUACGUAAGCAAGGACGUAACACAGCUGCGUUAAUGGCCGCAAUAGAGGAUCUGGUCGUCAAAUCCAUUCUAUCUUCGGCCCAGACUAUAACCGCCGCGGCAAGAGUUUUUGUGCCUAAUCUUUUUAAUUGUUUUGAACUAUUUGGCUACGAUAUUUUAAUAGACGACAUGCUUAAGCCGUGGCUGUUAGAAAUUAAUUUAUCACCGAGUUUGGCCUGCGAAAGUCCCUUGGAUGCCCGAGUGAAAUCUGCCCUAUUGGCAGAUACACUGACCCUAGUAGGAUUACCAGCAGUGCCGAUGAGCAGGCAUGAGCAAUCGCCGCAGAACAACUCGCUCAAGAUGAGGAUCGGAGCGUGCCGCCGUGUCCACUCAGCAGAAAACGUGUUCGUACGCGGAAAACCUCAAACCCAGGUGGAGAAAGGUAUCGCUAACCUUUUAACGGGUGAGGAGUUGCGCAUAGUAAGAGCCGUUCGCGCCCAAUACGCCCGGCGUGGGGGAUUCGUCAGAAUAUUCCCUAGUCAGAACUCUUGGCAGAAGUAUUCGCAGUAUUUGGAUCCUGUAACCGGUAUCCCGAUUUGUUCUACGUCCCUAAAUAAUAACAUCCCGUAUACAGUGGUUCACAAUUACAACUUGUUGGUACAUUCCCACGUGUUACCGCAUUUCCAGCACGCGCAAGCUGCAACUAGCCUCACGGACACGCCUCAGAGAUUAAAACGUUACGAGGCUGUAUGCAUCGCGGGUGCGGCGCCGGCAGUUCAGAUAAACUCCCCGGGCGAGGCAACCGCGCCUCCACGGGACGCCAAAAGAGCCAAAGAGCUCAUCAAGACCCAACUCAUUGACGGAAUGAAGUUGACUAUGGGCGAAGGCCGUCGCGCCUUCGGCCUAUAUCUGACCCACGUGCUCAAGCGAAUAUCGUCUCCGAGCAACGAAAUGGCGGUGCAACACGCAGCGCUGGUCCUCCGAUUCCUCAGACGAGCUUCGGCCUCUCUGCGAAUGCCUUAUAAUGUAAAGGGUCCCCCUGCAAAGAUGUGCGACAAGGACAGGUGUGCCAUCAUCGCGAAACAGCUCAACGAUUUCCUAUACAUGUACUAUCGGGAGACGGAUUUAUAUACAGACAGCAAUGACAAGGAUGGAUGCGUGUCGAAUAUACAUUUCGCACAUUUCUUGUAUGCCGCUAGUGAGGCCGAUUUAGAGGACGUUUUACUUUUGGUCCUUCGAUCGGAUAAUUGGGUGGCGACGUUCUUGGGCGAUACUAGAAGUGCCUUAUGCGUUGACGCCCCACCCGCUAGAUUGGCGCAUACAAGCAAACAUACAUUGUUGAAGCAUUUGGCUGCGGUCGCGCCUAUCAAUUGUAGAAAGUACAGACCUACCAUGGACUCGAUGAGUCGUUCGGAGUCGUCCAGCGUCGCUCAAGAAUCGGACUCGUCCCCCCCUCCGCCCCCAUACACCACUUCGGACAUCGUACUUAAGGAGUCGCUCAAGGAAGAGAAGCCACUCAAAGUGGCACUUAAGUACGCGAGAUCAUAGCAAUAUUAUUUAAUAAGAUCGAUUAUGUAAGGUUCAGAAAUAACCUGAUUUAUAAAAAUUAAAUUAAAAAAAAAAAUAAGUCGUUACUAAAUACCAAAAAGUACUUAAAAAUACAUCGAAAUAGAUACACUGCACUAAUGUUACCAUAAAUUAAAAAUAUGGAAUAGAUAAAUGAGGAUGUUCAAAUUUAUCAAUCUUUUUGUUUCAAAUUAAUUAAUUUCACACAAUCGUAACAACCAUAUGACAUCGUUAUACUUGCGUCACGCUUGCGGUGCAUACAAUUUUAUCUAUUCCUGGAGAACAUAUUUGUAGUUAGUUCAAUAUGAUUACAACCGAUUACAACUAGGUUUAGGUUAUAAUAAAAUCUAUUUUUCCAUUUAUGCGCUUUUUGUAAAAAAAAUAUAGAAAGCCAGUAGAAAAGUGCACUAUGCUUCGAGACUCAUAUUUUUACACUAAAGAUCUAGAUUAAGACAUUUAUCGUUCUUUAGUCAGGUAAUUACUGUCAACAAUAGACAAUUCGAUUAUAGACCUUCAACAUUUAAACCUCAUCAAAUUACCCACCUACAGUAAAUUCGGUAGUAUUGUAAGGUGUCUUAAAAAACCGGUAAAUUCUGCUCCCGAUAUAUUCAUUAUUUAACUUUAAAAUCCUUAAAAUUGUUGACCUCUUAGGUUUACAGAUACCUCAUCAAAUUACUGACCUACUGUAAUUACAGGAUAUUUGUUAUUGUAAUGUUUCUUUAAAAAACCGGUAAAUUCUGCUCCCGAUAUAUUCAUUAUUUAACUUUAAAAUCCUUAAAAUUGUUGACCUCUUAGGUUUACAGAUACCUCAUCAAAUUACUGACCUACUGUAAUUACAGGAUAUUUGUUAUUGUAAUGUUUCUUUAAAAAACCGGUAAAUUCUGCUCCCGAUAUUUUCAUUCUUUAACUUUAAAAUCCUUAAAAUUGUUGACCUCUUAAGUUUACACUUACCUCAUCAAAUUACUGGACCUACUGUAAUUACAGGAUAUUUGUUAUUGUAAUGUUUGUUUAAAAAACCGGUAAAUUCUGCUCCCGAUAUUUUCAUUAUUUAACUUUAAAAUCCUUAAAAUUGUUGACCUCUUAGGUUUACACUUACCUCAUCAAAUUACUGGACCUACUGUAAUUACAGGAUAUUUGUUAUUGUAAUGUUUCUUUAAAAAACCGGUAUUUUCCUUCCGAGAAUUUUAUUCAAAAUACUGUUCUUUGAGGGGACUUACUCAUAGAUUUAUAUACAAAAAGAUAAACUGGUUUCGGUUGUCAAAUCCUUUUCCACAUAUAUAUAUCACAGACAGUAAUUACAUUAACACAAAAGCAGUAGAACAGUAAUUUUGAUAUACUAAAAGUCUACUGAUUUAUUUAACUUAGAAUCUGUUUUGAAAUUUUAGAUAAAUAGUAUUACGCAACCAGCUUUUACGCUUUCAAAGUUGCCAUUAAUUAGUACAAUUUAAUAUUAAAAUAAGUACCUGGCAAUAGGUGCUAUAUAACAAAAAACCAUUCGUAUUGUCUACGAAUGGUUUUUAGCCGGGCGUUAACUGUGGAAGUUAAUAAUUUGUCGUUUAGUUGACGACUGAGCUGAGUGUUUUGCUCUUAUGAACACGUUUUACAUGUUAGAGUGAGAUGACUGUGUUUCAGAACAUAUGUUAGAGUGAGAUGGCUAUGUGUUCCAACUUUUACAUAAAAUAGUUUCAAACUUAAA